CUAACCAGCAGCAUCCGCGAUUCUAUUGUAGAACAACCUCUACAAUAAGAAGCACUCACUUGAAACAAUUACGAUCAAAAUAGGUAACUGAAAAAUCUCCAUACAAACAUCGUUUACUUGGAUACAACAUAGUACCACAUAGAUACAACGCUGUCAAUCUGUAUCAACAUCCUUCAACAAGAAGAGGUUUUAAACAAUAGAAGAUAUCUCUACCAACAUCAAGAGAAGAAGAUGAAGUUCCUUGCUGGGAGUUUGUCGUGCCUUUUUGGGACACUUGGUUUGGUGAAAGCCUUCCCAUUCGUCCGGGAAGAAAAUGGGUUUACCAUCGUCGACUACUUCCUCGCUACUUACCCUGGUGAAUAUACAGAGCUUGAUCCGAGCAACAAAAAAGGGUACUAAGAGGUCUUCUAUAUAACCCAUAGUUAGAUAUAGACUGAUUAGAGCAAUCGUUGUGAAAUAAGGCCCUGUCUGGUGCUGGUAAGUGAGAAUUGCCAAAACCGAGGUUACGAGAUCGGCGAUGUAAGUGUGAAGAUGCGGCACGACAGUGUCUGUCUUUUAGUGAAAUCGUCUCAUGUUGUACUCACUACUGCUGUAUUAAGGUAGUUACAUCUUCUAAACAACGCAUUCAGAUGAUUUCUUCGCUACACAGGUACAUUUCGGUUCCCAAGAGCGGAGAAAAAUUCACUGUGCCGAAGGACCUUCCACCGACGUGUAGUGCUAGUACCAAGAAGACCGAUGAGGCGGAAGAUCUUGUUAAGUGUUGAAACACUUCAUUUCUGCAGGCUUUUCUAUUUUAUGCAUUGCUAUCUAGUAGAAAUGAAAAGUUUCAAACUUUAAUCUUAGUUCUUCGACUGAGGAGAACGAGGCAGCCGCUGCCUUGAGAAUGCUGACUUUCUCCAAUGUGAAGGACUUGAGUAAUUUUCCGAUGGUAAGCCAAGCAGUGGGAAUGGAGAAAGCGCUAAAGCGAAGCAUUCCCAGUGUUGUGAAGACUUUCGUCCCUGGUGAUUUUCUUGCACCGAGCAUCUUAUCUUGGCAGCCUGACGACGGUGGUGCUGGCAUGAUGGAAGGUUUAAAACAUGCUGGGGUAGACUACUUCUCCUUGGGCAACCACGAAUUCGACACUGAGGUGAUGUACAACUGGUCCAAGCAUGUGCUGAACAAGGACAUUCUGAAGACCAAGGACAUGAUUCUGCAGACCAAGGACGUGACGUUUUUAAACGGCAACUUGAUGACGGCAAAGGGAAAGUUUCAAAAAUCGCUUGAGGUAGAUGGUCCUGUAGAACACUUGUACAACAACGCGGAGAAAAAGUACGGCUCUCCAUUCGAGCUGUUCACUAUUUGCAACACAGGAGUAGACACUGAUCUGCCUAUGAUCAACGUGCUCGUGGCUGGCUUCGUGUCUGACGAGGCAGCUUUUUACGGCACACAGGGCGCGGAAUUUACGCUAAAAGGAGUGAAGCAGGCUGUUGUCGAUACGUGGGAAGCUGCGAAAGAGACGCUAAACGGCGAUGCUCCAGAGGUCUUCGUGAUCAUGGUUCAUCAGUCCUAUUCUGCUGACAUUGAGCUGGCAAAAUUCAUUCUGGAACAUCCGGAACUGCGGGAUCGCGUUCCAGUCAUUUUGGCAGCCUCUUCGGACAGUACAGUGAGACACAUCGACGUCCUCGACAAGACUAUCAAAGAGGUUUACGGCUCGAUGAGAAAUGUAGAAGAGUAGUAGACCAUUUGUAUGUUGUUGCGAGCUUCCCAUCUAUAUGUUGUUGCACAAUCUUCCCUUCAAGACAUACAACUGGGUAACGGGGCGAACUACUCUUAUUCAUUCAUUCUCAAGGGAUAAAAAUUAACCAACAAGAAGAUACUGUAACACUACUCUUACAUCUGGGGAACAUCUCUACUUAAGUACCAUUUGUAUUAACUAACAAGAUGUAGGUGUAGCUCACCAAGAUAGGUGCUGGCCGGAAUAGAUUUACAGGAAAGUCUAAGAAGAAAGCAAGAAAUCUGCCUCACCGAUGGACAAGGUUCGAUCAUUUUUGCAACUUGUUGGGCGUGCCAAAGAACGGGUCACAGGAGGUCGUACUGCGAGUAGUUCGUCUUCUUCCGGAGACCAACAUAGUAGUCUUCUAGGCGCUGAUGCUGCUGCCGCUGCCACCGCUGCUGGACUUCAACAAGGAACAGCAAUGAACAAUCCUGCGUCUGCCAACAGUAAGAAAGAUAUCACUUCUGAACUAGAACAAGGAGGCGCUCGCAAGAUUUCUAUCAUCCGACCUGGAGAAGACGCGAAAAUUUUGGGCAUGAUCGAUCUGCUCUUCUUCAAGAACACAUAUUAAGGCGCAAGAUAAUCAUAAUCCAUCUUCGCAUGGCUGCUCAGUUAUUUCUCGGAUUUUCAUUGUGACUAUGAGCGUAGAAGGAACAGUCGGUCUACUUAGUCUGCCAGGAGAGACGUCACUCACGUCGUUAAGCAGUUGGUCUUUUGUAAAAACUGCCGCGUCUCUAUUCGGGUCACAACGGAGCCAGGCAGUUACUUGUAAAAGCUGCUACGUGGUUCGAAUGAAUGAAUGAUGAUGGAUUAUUUUGAGCGCUAAAGUUGUGGGGGACAGCCGAAGUUGAAGUACACCACCAAAGUCGCUGACAUUGAGUAUCGUGCCACUGUAUCUUCCAAUGCAGGCAGAGCCCAAGGUCAAGGAGCUACUCCCGUCACGAAGUAUUACGAGCCUGAUCCCAACGAUCCGGCAAUUCAGGGGAUUCAAAAGUUACUGGAUCGCGCUGAAGAGAUAACGGAGAAUGAGAAAAGGGAGGUGAUCUUCAAAAUCACGGAGAAUGAAGCAGGUAGUACGGACAAAAGUACAGUGCUUAAGGCUUAGGCUGUCAUUCAUUCAUCCUGAGAGGAGGCAUCUUUGGCCACCCCUUCAUCGGCUCCUUUUGUGAAAAGCGGAAAACAGAAGCACGUCAUCGAAGAUGCUUAUUUCCAAGAUGAAUCAUAAUUGUCAUUUUUGUGUUUGUGAGCUCUAAAAUGCGCAUCAAUUUCGACAACGGCGGAAAAGAUGCGGAGCUUCUGGCGGAGUGUAUUACUCCCGAGCAACCUUAUUUGGACAUUGAAUCGGCGAAACAGCAGCUUGAAUAUCAAGAAAAAUUCGAAAAACUACACGAAUUUAAGGCUUGCGCCAAAAAUCCAUCUUGUUGAAAGGCAUCCUGAAGUAAGAGUCUGCUUUCUCAGGGAAAAUGCAUACCCAGGAGGCUUCUCAAGUGGAAAAGGCACCCUCAGGAUGCAAAUUUUUAGCAAGGGGGACGAAUAAAUGGCAUCCAGGAUCAUGCAUGUCGAGAUUUAGAAGGGUGAGUUCUAACAAAUCCAACAUGGUCACUGCGAUUUUGAAGUCGAUCAAGGCAGGCGUGGACAAGGAAUUGGCCAACAGCUUUGGCGAGAAAGUUAUGUCGACGCAUGCAAAAAUAGAAGCCAACGACAGUUUUUUGCGUCGUGGUUUCAUCUAUUUAUUUUCGAUCAGUAGUGGUCUUCUAUACCCCUGGAGUGGGUACAUUCAUUCACUCGAUAUUUACAUUCAUAAUGCUAUCAAUCCCUUAUAUGGAGAUUUUGAUCAAGAACACACUUAUGCCUCUAACUUUUCCGAGAAGGUUGACGCGGUUCUUUUGGCUGGUGGUGUCUUCAAAUCGAUGCGGGAGUACAAGGCAGGUGAAACGAUGACUCUCUUCGACAUGAAGCAAGAGUUGAUUAAGAACUCCCACCACAUUGGUUAUUGCACUUGCAACAUUCUUGACGUUUUCACCAAAAAAGAAGAUUAGUACAUCCACAUCCUUUGCUUCUUCAACUUGUGAAGCCAAACAUUAUUUCUAGGAAGAAACAAAAGAAACACAUCAAGGAUGCUCAGCUCCUGAAGAAUGCAAUGCCAAUGUCGCAAGCUCGUCCUUAGCCUUUCUCUUCCUCUAAGUUAAGCGCAAACCAUCGAGUUCGCAUCGUUGACAUUCCGGGAAAAAUUUUGUGGGAAACGAUUAUGAAUUCGCGUAGAAAAGGCGCGCGCGGUGGGGAACUUCUGCACUUUUACCUAGAUUCCGGUAGAAUCAAAGACUUGGCCGGAAAUGGUUUUUAUGACCAACAAUACUGGAAAUUUUGACGCCAUUACCAGGCUAGGUGUUCUAGAUGGGACACCAUGAUGAUGAGGUGAUAGGCUGCUUUGCUUUUUAGUCAUGAAUAACUUGCAGGAAACCCUAUGGGAACUAAAAAUAUCUAUUUUUAGGAAUCUUCGUCGACAUCAUAGGUACUAGAAGUAGAGCUCAGAAGCAGAAAAAGGAUAUACCUGAUAAGCGAAGUAGCUGCGCGCUCAUGGACUCUCGCAUGAUUGAGUGAAAAAUGUAAAGCGACCUUCUAGUUUUUUAACAACAAUAAGAAACAUGAACAGCUGCAACUACAGGCUCUAAUAGUCGAAGAAUAAAAACAACAUGGAUGUUCCGUUUCUGGAGAUGCAUACUGGGAGAAAUGACGACAGGCUCUUCAAAGUGGUCAUGAACUGCUACAUUAUGGACAGGAUGUCAAUCGCCCUAGAAGGAGACGGCCUAGAGGAACAUGUUAAUCGCCAUAGAAGCAAUGAUUGAUGCUGGGCGUUGUGCAUCCAAGAGGUCUGAAUAAGAACAUAUUUGAAGUAGAAAAUAGUUCUUCUGUAGGCUCAUCAUUAAAUCUCUAUCUCAAGCUCAACAAUGAUCAUUCUCCCCCUGGUCUGUUCAUAUUUUUGUUCAACAGCCUGACUGUCGAGCCACUUCGCGGGUAUAACGACCUGAUCUUGGCCACAGACAUGAUGCGCAAGGAGCCAGGGAGCUGGGGGAUUGUUAUGGCAAAGUCAAAAAAAACAUAUUCACAUGUUUUUUUCAUGUAGUUGUUGUUGAAGAAGAUACAUAUUCAUCAAAACAGUGCUCCUGGAUCGGAGCAUUUGUGCUAAAAGAAACCAGAGUCGUCCUCGUAUCUUCUAGGAAGAACUCUCUUCUUCUUUGUUCCUCUUUCUUCUAGUGCGUCCUCCUCCUCUCUCGUUUCUAAAAAGAGACCUAUCGUGAACAUAAAAAGCACGAAGUCUUUUUGCAACAUGUGCGAAAAGCGUGAAACGACCAUCUGGAAUGGCAUUGUAGCUCGUGUUUCCGACCCGGACUUCAAGAAAUACGCAAGUAUUUUCGAUUAUGGCCCAAAAUUCUAAAUCCUCUCCCGAUUAUUAUUCUCCCAAUGAUCAUCGUUCCCACAAUAGUACGAGCCUAGCACCUGUCUCUCAACCCCUCCCUAACGUACGAACCUCUUUCAUACUUUCAAGAUGGAAAACAGGUUCGGAACGCGAGGUAUCAUGCAUAUGAUAUAUGAUAAAUCUCGAAUGUUCAACUGGAAUGGAGACGAAAGUCUCCCGGAGCGACCUCGCGGAACCCCACAGAUGACCGGCUUCGCCAUCUCUGGUGCUAAGAUUCUCUAUGGAGGGGGAGGAAACUGAGUAAGUAGAACCAAGUAGAAUCUUGUCGUGAGGAGUUAACAAGUUGAAUGAUAAUCUUGUUGGAAGGAGGAAACCAAUCGACUGAGAAAUCCUUGUAUGGUGGACCGACGAGGAGGAAAGAAAUUUUUGACGCGGGAGAAAAAGUACGAGGGGAUAUAACAAACGGAAAGUAAUACCUUUCUGACUGUGGAGCAGCUCGUCACACGACCAAGUUAGAAUUACAAAUAGAUUCGAAACAUGAUGAAUCUUUUCUUAUUAGUAGAGGAGGAACACACAGGUUCAGGUCGGCAAUUAUAAGCCAGGAUGUUUGCGAACAAGCUGUUCUGUUGAAGCACUUCUACAAUGAUCGACGAAGAUGACAUGCUCAGUUUCGUUUAUUCUAGAAAUGUUUCAGUUUUUGUCAUUCGACCGAAGACGAACACAAAGUAGGUGAAAAUAUUAUGAUGCUUUUCUGGGGUAGGUUUAGUUUUCUUUUCAAUUCCAGAAGAUAGAAGCUAUUAUUGAUUCAAAAUAAACGUGGUGGAAGGUAAGAAGGACAAGAAAUCUGGUUUUCAAUGGUAUGAAGCUAUUCCUGUCUAUUAGUUUGAAUGGGAAGUUAUCUGAUUUAACGUGCAUCGUGGAAAUCGAUCGCCCAUCGAUGACGCAGAUGAAAGUAAACGCUUCUUAUCAGUAUGAAAAGCGCAAUUGUUCUUAAAAACAUGAAAAAACACAGAAGGCUACGCACAAACCUUAUGUCAUCGA